UUUAUCUUAAUUUUAUGUUUUAUUAAAUAAGAUGUAUAUUAAAAUAUUAGGAAAAAUAAUAAAAUAUUAGUAAAAAUUAUUUUAAAAUAUGAUUUAAAUUUAUAAAAAAAUAUUUACUGCACAUGGUGUAGAAAAACACCUAGUUUACAAUUAAAUUAACUGAUUUAAAAAAAAUUAAUACGUUGAACGAUUAAUAGGUUUGGAAACAAAAUUUUGAAAAUAGAAAAACAAUAAUCUAGUUCUUCUUUUGUGAUGAAAACAACACCAAUCUAGCUCCAUUGGAGAUGGUCUUAGGUAAUGGUUAUUUGUCCACCUCCAUUUACGUUAUUAUGCAGCUAACGAUUUGUUCUUUUUAGUAACGAAAGUUAGUUGUGAAGUGUAUAUAUCUACUCUUAACAUGAAGAAGGAACUGUGAGAGUCUUGUAUAUUAAACUCGCCGAUUUUUUUUUUUUUUUUCUUGGUUCCACCAUCGAUUUAGAGUUUGUUUCAGAUGAAAGGUAAACCUAAAGUUUUCUUUUCUUUUGACUGUAUGCAUGCAUGCAUGCAUUUACAAAAACAGUUUUUAAAUCGUGGAGGUGAGCAGGGUUGUUGGACUUAGACCAUCCGCAACGGUGGUUUUAACACAAUCCUUAGUAGCUAAUCCUUAACUAUUAGGAUUAUAAUAGUAAUAUUUAGCCAAGAAAAGCUAAGGAUAAGUCCUAAGCUAAAGAUUAAAAUGUGUUGGUCCUUGUUGACGUGGCAGGAGUAAUUGGUUCUGACUUGUGUAGGGUUUCGCGACUUCGUUUUAUUUGGACGCAACACGAAAAAAAAAAAUCAGAGACGGCGAUUAAGGCGAUCUUUCUCUCGACCGCUAAGAAGAGAAAUCGAAGGGUUCUCGUCACUAAAGAGGAUACUCGAAGGGUUCUCGACGGUAGCAAAGGUAAAUCGAAGGGUCUUCUUGUUGAUUUAGGGAUUUACGCUAGAUUUCAUUUUGGUUUCUUCUCAAAUUAGGGUUCGGAUUUGAGAUUUCAAUCGAUUUAUAUAAUUUUUGGAGAUCAGUUAGCGUUUGAUAACGAUUUGUUUGUGAAUCGAUUUUGGGAUUGUUUUAUUUCUAAUCAAGGUUUAAAAACGAUAAGGGUUUCAAUCGAUUGGGGGAUUUUUUGCGCUUGUAGUAAGUGUUUCAAAAAAAUUAGUCAUUGUUGAUAUUGUUUACAUUCAUUUCAUGUCUGCUUGGAAACUUAUUGUUGAUAUUGUUUACAUUCGUUUCUUGUUUGCAGAUGGCGAAUCCACAUGAGCCUUAUUUCUUUAAGCCUCUACUUCCUGGUUUCCACAGUGGCGUCGUAAGAACCUCACUCUUUCUAUUUGUUUACAUUCGUUUCUUGAUUAGAUGUAUUUGUUGUUUGAUUAACUUCGCCUUUUCUUGCAGACAAUACCACUUGCCUUCUUCUCAAGCACAUAGAACGGAAGACGAACUAGAAAACAUGGAAACUAAGAUCGGACGCUUCAGAUCAAACUUGGGAAGUGAUACAAGAAGGCAGGACACUCACCGGAGGUUGGAAAGAUUUCACCACAGCACAUGACCUUAAAAUCGGUGACCUUGUCAUCUUCAAACUCGAAGGAGACAUGGUGUUUCAUGUCACUUCUUUUGGUUCUAGCUGUUGUGAGCUUCAGUAUACACAUCCUCACAUCAUCAAGGAAGAAGCCGACGCGGGUGAUGCUGAUGACAAUGAGAUUAGUAAGUUUCAAUCAAAGUUCAUCGUUUUGGUCCUACCUGUUGUGAGAUGUUUUGACGUGGAAAUUGUUUCUUUUAUUUCAGGAGGAACAUGGGCAAUGUCUUCGUUCUCAUUCGACUACUGUUUUUUGGCUGAGGUCACUGCUUCAAAUCUAAAAGCAGACAAACUUGUGAGUCAAUUUUCAUACGUAUAAACCAUAUUUAGUUAGUCAAUUUUCAUACGCCUAAACCAUAUUCUGUGUUUGCAGUAUCUUCCUAAGUGAGCUAUGAGUUCUACUGCUUUGAACAAAAAAUGCCAAUAGAUGAUACUAGUGAACAAAGAGGGAAAUUCUUGGACUGCGAAUUUGCGAUUUAGCGAAGCAGGCGGCAUGUAUUAUAUCACAAGAGGCUGGGAAAAGUUCUGUCGUGAUAACAGAUGCGACAUAGGAGACUUAUUUGUGUUCAAUCUGGUUGGAGAUGGGAAAACUACUCCAUUGUUGUGUGUAUGUCCGGAAAGUAAAGAGUGUUCUGAACUACUCAGCAAACACUUGAGUAGAAAGCGUGGUGAGUCUUCUCCAUUGCCUUGCUUGAGACGUCUUUAACUUACUUGUUCUUUCUUUGCUUCUGGUUUAACUUGCUUGUUUGGUUUUGUUCUGUAGGUGAUAUUGCUUCAAGCUCACGGGUGAAUUAGGAGAAUGGUCAAGUAGUCUUGCGUCUCUUUAGCUAUGUAUCUCAGACUUGUUUAGAGCUUCUAUCCUCUUGUUUUCCUUGCUACAAUGUACUUGUAAUGAUCAUUUCAGUUUAGACUCAAGUUCUUGUGUUUCUCUACUCUCUAUUCAUUUCAGUUUAGACUCAAGUACUUAUAAGUUUAAAUCUUUGUACUCUACUCUUGUAAGUUUAAAUCUGUUUAGCUAACUACAAUCUUGCUUCUCUUCAUUCUCUUCUCUUCUAUGUUAUACAAGUAAAAAGAUAACUUGUACAAGUAAGAACAUAACAAAAUCAAGCUAAGAAGAUAACAAAAGUUGUACAAGUAAGAAACAUAAUUUAUUUACAAAAUGAGAAAUUAUAUACAAAACUUUUACUUAUAGAUAAAAAUUAAAACAUAAUUUAAAGUUAUAGUGUAAAAAAAAACACUAAUUUUAGCUUUUAGUUUUAAAAAAAAUAUAAACCACUUAUUUGAUUUGAUUCAAAAUAUUUGUAUGUUUACAUUUUCUUUUCUAAUAAAUGUAAAUUUUUAAUUUCUUGUUUAAAAUUUUAAAUUUCUAAGAUUAAAAAAAAACACUAAGGACUCCAUAUUGAAUAACACCAUUGGACCUAUAAUUAUGAUAAGAAUCCUUAACCAUUGAAAAAAAAAACAUUAUAAUAUAGCUAAGGAUUCCAAUGGUGGGUAACACUAUUGGAGUUGCUCUUAGAGCUUUAAACCAUAACACAUAUUUUAGUCUGAUUAAAAGAUGAAAUUUGCGAAACGUUUUCUAGGAACUGGACACAGCGGCCAAGGAUGAAAUCAUAACCGGGAAUCCACAACUUAUGUUUCAAUUUUCUCAAAAAAAAACUUGUGGUUCAAGUCAGGUAGUCAAAAUGUCUACCCCAACUUAUUCUCUUUAAUGUCUAUUCCUAUAUUGGAAUAUUAAGAAGAAAGGUUACAGAGUAAUGAUUUGCCAACAUCUUUUGGCUGUCAGAUUUGAUAUGCUGCUAAAUAAUUGGUGCAAGUAGAUCCUUAACCAACAUGAAUAAUCGACCUUGAAGACCCAAGGGCUACGAGACAAAACAAAGAUUAAGAAAGGUCUUCGAUUGCAUGAAAACAAUUUUUCAUUGAAACUCUUGACCAGACCGAAGGAACAAAACGUUCCUGGAAAUUUUUAUUUACCCUUUGCAUAUGUUUGUUAACUCAUCGAAGUUAUUUAUCCAAAAGAAGAUUAUAAAUCUCAUCAACCUAAUAAUUCUAAAUUUUAGUGAUUAGCUACAUUUGAAUAACAAUAUUCAAUUCUACCUUUUCAGAGAAAAACAGUCAAAGAUACAUGAGCAUAUUCAUGAGAUAUUUUGACUGUAUAAUAAUGCUCUCGCAUCCUUUCCCAAUUGUUUUCUGUUCCUAAAGAUGCGAACAUAGUGCGCCUUUGGUUUUGGCAAUGGUGGUUUGCUCACUAAUUGUUGUUUUAUAAACAACUAUAUCCAUGAUAAUAGCUUCUGUUAGAGUUGACAAAACAAAAUAAUUCCAUAUUAUCCGUUAAAAUAAACCCCACCCAAAUGAUAGGUUAUAGUCAAGUAUCCAUUUUUCAAAGAUGCAUUAAUUAAUCAACUCCAAAGCAUAAAUUCCAUCGAAAUAAUUACAUCCUCAUAUACUCCCUGAGGCCAGAACUUAAAACGAAUUUAAAUUGUUGUGUUACUUUAAGUAAUCCAAAUAAUGGAUAUUUGUGUGAUUCAUGUCGCUUCACGUGAACUAGUAGUAUGCACAUAAACAAUGAUCACUGGUCGUGAAUCCCUCUAGUCUUUUUUUUUUAAUCCAUCUAGUCCAUGCACUUAUUUCGAAUGGGAUAGAUUGUAUACUUAUAUAAGCUGCUGAUCAACUAUAUAGUAUAUUCAGUAUUUCUAAAAUUAAGUAUGAAAUAGACAUCAUUUUAGUACGAAAUAGACAUGUCAAAUUUGUCUCCAAAAGAUAGGAAUUGAGUUAUGCUUCUCAACGACGGAACGUGGCAUUACCUUUAACACUCAUUUAUGGUUGGUUCCGAAAACUAUUUAUAUGUAUGAUAUUCUAUAUCUAACGAAAACUAAAAUGCUACUCCUGCAACAUUUAGGAACAUAUUGCUUUGGUUAAUAUAAGGAACUUAUUCAAAUACAAAUAUAUAUUUAGCAUGUUAGCACUAGGUGUUCAACUAACCGAGAUUCCACCCACGACAUGUUGAACCAAAGUUUAUAACCAAAUAAUUUAAAUGCACACAGCUGGAUUCGAAUUUUAGAAAAAAAAAUAUCAACUUUCUUUUCGUUCUGGAAAUGGACCUAGUGCCAAUAAGUGCGUUAAAACCACAUAAAAGAAUUUUGAUAAAUGCAUAUACGACCAUCAGAAUGAAUGUGUGUUACGAUUUGGUAGACCUCCAACAACCCACCGAAUUGAUGGUAUCCAUAGAUUUCUUAUCAGCUAUCAAUCAUGGGAGGUUAUGAUCCAUUAGUAUAUGGACAAAAUCGUAUCAGCAUUAUUUUUGUUUAAUUUAGUUUUUUUCAGAGGUUCGAUUAGGAAUUUUGUCCGAAUAUGUAUACUUUGUGAUUGUGUAGGACAUUAAAAGAUCUCCCACAAGUUUAUCAAAUCAUCUAACGAAAAUAAGUUAACGAACUAAUCUUUUUCGUUUUUCGUAUGGAUAAUCAGUGAUUCCAUGGCAUGGCACGCACGAAGUCAUGUGCUGUUCAGAAAAUGGCAGCCACUUAAAACCUGCCAAGCAAUUUGCAAAUUCUUAAUUAGAGUCUGGAUUACAGUCUCAAUUUAGUAGGUCUUAAUCCUUAUUGUUUCAUUCAUUCACGUGGCUCAUUUGCAAAAUUCCAAAAUACAAUAAAGCCAAAAACUGUAAUAAUUCGUAUUUUGGAGUUUAUACCACUGAGCUCAUAAUUUUGAAAGCCAUCUUAAUCAUCUGAUCAGUCAGUAGAUCUACAAGUUUUUUUCCAAAGAUUAAAAAAAGUAAUAGAACUAUCGUAGUCGAAGAAAAACCACCCAUUUUGCCAUAGCAAGAAUUCAAAACUUGAUGGACCACUUUAAUCUUUAUGUCAUAUCAUUAGCUCUUGUCGUCUCCGUAUUGUUUAUAAUUAUCUGGAUCUUUCGAAUUGUGGAUAAAUUUAUAUAAUUUUGUUGGUAAAAAUAUGAGAACACUUCGACCUUUCUCUAUCAAACAUCCAAACUUUUAUCACAUAUUCCCAAAACUUAAGAUGAAUUCAUCAAGUCAGCAUAGCUCUGCAUUUACGUGUGUGAUAACGUUAUUAGAUCAUUAUCAAUAUAUAUUGACCUAAUUAAAAGUUAAACUGACCUAGAAGUAAAACAGUAGAAGUAAUGUGGAAAGAUACUUGACUUUGACAAAAGGUACAGUCCAACAAUAAAUACAUCUAGACCUCUGCCCAUCUACUAUCUACGAUUCAGCUCGACACAACUUGAUAAGUUUCUCUGCAAUCUUCAGUUUUAUUUGUAUAUAUAUUUUUACAAAACAUGCUUACCGGUAAUCACUCGGAUUCCAUCACGUGCCACAUGAAUUUUUCUUCGAGUCACCUGUUUUUAUGUUUCCCCGGCGAUACAAACUAUCAGAUCAGAAUUUACAUUUCGAACAAUUUAGCGUAUUCGAGAAAUUUUGAUUUAGUUCUCUAUAUUGAAAAGUUAUAUACAGUAUAUGAAUCCAAAUUCACCAAGUUAUAAACUUAUACUGGAUAAGUACGUACGUUUAGUCAAGUUGAAACUUCUGUUUGGUUACUUAUCGCACAAGGGGUUAAACAUGUGUUCUUCCUAUUUUCAACUAGAUUCAGUUGUUUAUAAAAUAGUAAAAUGAAAUGGGAAAAGAAAGAUCAUAUUGCAAAUGGAGACAAAGAUCUCCGCGUCUUUAGUUAAAUGAAAUCUCACAUUGCAUAUGGGUCGGUUGCAGCGUUGACAUAUUUAUUGUUAUCGUCUAUCCCAAUGAAACAACUGAAAUAUGAAAUGAGAUACUAUGAGACAUACUAAUUCAUAAACAAAGAUUAUAGUAACAAUUUGACCAGCAAGAAAACUAAACGAAUCAGUGAUUCAGUAGUGAUUUUCUUCGAGGCAAGCAAUUACAUGCAAAUGGAUAGUAUAAAAAGUCACAUUUUUUUUUCCUUUUAAUAUUUGCUACAAUUAAAAAUUAUUAAAUGUUUGGAAGCAUCACUAAAGAAGAAAUUAUCUUUCUUCUCUCUCUAGUCUUUAUCUUAUUUAAUUUCUCCAUCUUCCUUAUGAUCAAAUACCCAAAGCUCCAUCAUCUUUCUAUAUAAAUUACUUGGACAAAUUUAGAAGAAGAAGAUAGGAAAGAAAUAAAACAAAGAACGUUUACUUCAUUGUUAAACUGGAGAUGGUGUUUGGUUGGAGAAAAGCGUUCUGCAAUUCCGUUUCAAGUAAUCAACAACAAUCAUCAUCACACAUUCCUACACCAAGACUCCGAUCAAAGUUUGGUUUUUUCUCAAACCCAUCAACUCCCCGUGUCCAGUCUCCAGGCGGCAGCGGCCGUGGUAGCGGAAUCGGAUGCCGCUCCGCCGCUUCAACCUCAGCCGCUAACCCAUCUCUUCCCACAAGUCCCAAGCUCCAUUGCAGGACUACGAGCAAUGCAACUCCAAGGACCAGUAACAGCUCAACUCCUAAGCUUCUCUCUAACCCUUCUUCCCCUAAAUCAUCAUCCACUCAUGGCGGCGUUUCUCUCCUCCGUGCCACACUUCUUCUCAACAAAAGUAAUAAUAACAGAUGUGGGAUUUGCCUACAGAGAUUGAACUCGGGUCAAAUCAAUUCAACGGCGAUUUUCACGGCGGAGUGUUCACAUUCCUUUCACCUCUCUUGCGCCGUUAAAUUAGACGGCAAACGUUGCCCGUUCUGUUCCGCCGCCUGGAAUUACACGCCGAGGUCGGAUGCUGAGUCUGUGAAUUUAGAAUCCGACCCGGGGAGAGGACCCGAGAUCCGAGAAAUCAAGACGGGAAAAUCGUUAAGAGUGUACAACGACGACGAGACCUUAGCUUACUCGCCCGUUUCUCUUGCUCACUUCAACAGCAUACCGGAAUCAGACGAAAACGACGACGUAGACGAAGAAGGCCAUGAGUUCCCCGGAUUCUUUUCCGAUUCUUCAAUUACUCCGGCGACGUUUUCUGGUUCGAUUCCUCCCAUCUCCGGGACUCUAGAGGUUAAAAUGCUGCCGGAAUCCGCCGUCGUGGAAACAGGGAAAAGGAUCGAGACGCACGUCGUCGUGAUGAAACUGAAGGCGUGUUUACCGUCGUCGUCGACGGCGGACGCGAUUAGAGCGAGCAGGCCGUCGAUAGAUCUGGUGACGGUUCUCGAUUUGAGCAGCGGCGGAGCGAGCUUGCGGACUGUUAAGCACGCGCUGAGACUGGUGAUCUCUCUGCUCCGGGAGAUGGAUCGGCUUUCAAUCGUCGUGUUCUCGACGGGAUCGAAACGGUUAAUGCCGUUACGACGGAUGACGGAUAAAGGACGGCGAUCGGCGCGGCGAAUCGUCGACGCACUCGUCGGAAUCGAAACCGCCGGCGGCGGGGGGAUGAGCGUUAACGACGCGUUGAAGAAAGCGGUUAAAGUCGUUGAAGAUCGGAGGGAGAGGAAUCCGUCGGCUAGUAUUUUUGUUUUAUCCGACGGUCAGGAUCAGCCGGAGGCGGUUUUGAAAGCUAAACUAAACUCCGCGCGUGUGCCUUUCGCCGUUUCCACCACGCGCUUCUAUCGUUCGGAGAUCCCGGUACACUCCGUUUCGAUCGCUUCUCCAAGCGCGUUGCAUCACGCGCCGCUUCGAGACGCGUUCACGGAGCGAAUCGCUUCUUUGCUAAACGUGGUUCUCCAUGACGUCAAGCUUAAUCUCGGUUUAGUCUCCGGUUCUCCGUUGACUGAGAUUUCAGCGGUUUACUCUUUAACGGGUCGGUCGGGGAGUUUCGGAUCCGGUUCGGCUGUUAUCGUCGGCGAUCUGUUCGCGGAGGAGGAGAGAGAAUAUCUUGUUGAGUUCAAAGUACCGACUUCUUCGUCGAGCGGGUCCCACCAUGUAAUGUCCGUACGAUCUUCGGUCGUUGACCCCGCGACGCUUCAGCCAUUGCCUUGUCCGAAAGAAAAACGUUUUUUGAUCCCACGGCCACAGGCCGUCCGAUUCGCAUCUUCGAGCAUCGAACGGUUGAGGAAUACACACUUGGUGUGUCGCGCUGUAGCUGGUUCACGCAAGCUGAUUGAGCGUGAUGAUUUUGCUGGAGCAUAUCAGCUUCUAACGACGGCUCGGUCAAACGCUUCUGAUGAUAGCUUAAUGAGCCUGGACGCUGAGUUAGCUGAGCUAAGCCGGUUGAAACCGAGAAUCGGUUUAGCAAACCGAACCGAAGAGAAACCUGAGCAACUUACGCCGACUUCGGCUUGGAAAGCGGCCGAGAAAUUGGCGAAAGUGGCUAUCAUGAGGAAGCAUUUAAACCGAGUCAGCGACAUGCACGGCUUGGAAAACGCCAGAUUUUAAGUUUUUUUUUUCUCUUAAAAAAUCUUAGUUAUUUUUGAAGGUAUGGUAUAUAAUUAUUUCAGAAACCAAUAAUUUAGUAAGGAAAUAAUAAUAAGUAUAAAAUGAUAGAAGUGUGAUUUUUUGAAAGGGACACUAUAGGUGCAUGAUUGCGACAAGCAGUAGCCGACGGGUGUGGCCUUUUUUGUAAUGCAGAGAUUGGUAUUGGAGAAUUAAUUGGUCUUUUUAGCUUUUAUCA